CUGCGUCGGUUCGGGAGGAGUGGCGCAAUUAAAAAGUUGUUGUUAUUGUUUUGUAUAACGUACACAGAGCCAGAGUUUUUCUGAAUUCUAAUAUAACACAUUUUUGUUGUUCGUUUUUUCAAGCCUGCAUUGGCUUCUUCACUUUGUUUCUUUGCCCCUGUGUUUGGGAGCUGGACCUGUUGGUGGUGGUAUUGCGCCACCGUGUUGUUAUUAAAGAGAGAAGAAGAAAUACGGAACUGUCAGACAACAUGAGUUCGUCUGUUAUGCUCUCAUCACGAUGGCGUCUGACAGACAGCACUGCUCGUGCUGCUCCCAUCCAGUCUCCUCUCCCAGUGUCCACCAGACGAUGAAUGAAAUGGACUUCGAACGAGGGAUCUGGUCUGCUGCAAUGGAUGGGGACCUGGAGAGGGUUGAGUCAUUGGUCCAGAGGGGUACAGACCUCAACCUGAGAGACUCGUCUGGAUACACAGCUCUGCACUAUGCAAGUCGCAGUGGUCAUCUUGCUGUUUGCACGUUUCUUCUUGAGAAUGGCGCCUGUGCAUCUCCCCAGACACCAGGCGGUGCCACGCCACUCCACCGAUCGGCCUACUGCGGUCACCUGGAUGUGGUUCGAAUCCUUCUGCACCGCAGGGCGGAUCCAAUGCUCUGUGAUGACGAUGGUGCAUCCCCUUUACACAAGGCUGCAGAACAGGGUCAUGAUGAGGUGUGUCAGCUGCUUCUUGAGGACUGUCCAGCACUUUGCAGCCAGAUGAACAAGAGGCUCCAGCUACCAUACCACCUGGCACAGCAGGGGAAUCUGCAGGAGCUCUUAAAACCACCACGAUGAGGAAGGACACACUCUGCAUCUGGGAAAUGUUUAGUGCUAAGAUCAGACAAAUUAUAUGAACUCAAAACAUACAAGGUGAAGUCCACUUAAGUCAGGGUCAUGUUGACCUGGAUUCACCAUAUUGGGAUACUUUGAACAUCAGCAAAGAACCACUGAGUGAAACAGGGUGAACAAAACAUUACAUUUUCUGGGUUUAUACCACAAACAUCACCUUGUUUUUUAUUACUAGUUCACUGCUUGUGUAAUAAAUACACAUCUUAAGCUAUAGAGACUUGUAAGACCUGUCAAAUAAUACCAGUUUCCACUGGCUGCUACUGCUCUGCUCUAGUUGUCAAAUAAAAUAAAUAAUGAAGAAUGAGCUCCAAUGUUUGCUUAGAUGCCAGGGAAAUGCUAACUUAUAUUGUUAAGCUGAAAACAGUGCCUUACUGUUUCUUUUCUCUAACUGUCUGCAUUAUUCAACAGCUACGACUCCUGGGAUCUUAUUCUUUGUACUUCUACCUGCCUCAAUAAACCGCAUCCAACGGAUCCGCUGGUUCCAUGCAGCCCAUCCCUUUCCCCUUUUUGAACAAAAUAAAUAAUUCUGCUCAAUUUA